GGUUAACCGGAAGUCCACUCUACUCCAUCCAAGGGACGCUUCGUCGACAGUUCCAUAGGAUUUGCGAACGUUUACGCAUUUCCCUUCUCAAUAUUUUCAUUACAACAUUUUUCGUCGUAUCGGUGUAACUCCGAAUUGAAAAAGCGUAAACACCACCAAAUACAGCACAAAAGUUGUUUAUAAGAGAGAGAAAGAGAGAGAAAUCUGGCUAGAUUGGUGUAAGUGCAAGCUGAAAAGUUGUCCAAGGUACGAAGUAUUGCAAAAGAUUUUUGCAAAAUUUUUGGCAUAAGGAAAGACGAGUGAAGUGCGACAGAUACAUAGAUCAACGUCGGCGGGAAAGAGAGUGCGCAACUUGUCAUCAGUUGCAUCAACCUGUAGAUAAUGUCAGGAAUUGCGAUUGCCAGGCUCGCUGAGGAAAGAAAAGCAUGGAGAAAGGAUCAUCCUUUUGGAUUUGUAGCUCGUCCAACAAAGAAUCCUGAUGGCACAUUGAAUUUGAUGAGCUGGGAAUGUGCAAUACCAGGAAAAAAAGGAACUCCUUGGGAGGGUGGAUUGUACAAGUUGCGAAUGAUCUUCAAGGAUGACUAUCCUUCAAGUCCACCAAAGUGCAAGUUUGAGCCACCAUUAUUUCAUCCAAAUGUUUAUCCAUCUGGCACAGUAUGCUUAUCCCUUUUGGACGAGGAAAAAGACUGGAGGCCAGCAAUAACGAUUAAACAAAUCUUGCUGGGUAUUCAAGAUUUACUAAAUGAGCCGAAUGUCAAGGAUCCAGCACAAGCAGAAGCUUACACAAUUUACUGCCAAAACCGUUUAGAAUAUGAGAAGCGAGUUCGAGUCCAAGCAAGAGCAAUGGCACCUCAAGAAUAAGACAUGUACCAUAUGCUGAUAUAAUAUGAACAUUAUGCUUCGCUCUUGGGAUUUUAUACAUUUUGCUUCAUGUGUGUAAUUCUGUGUACUGAAGCAAAAUGACGGUCACAUCCAAUCAUUGUUUUGGUAGUAACAUAAACUUCUUUCACCUAGAGCGACGGCAAGUUAUUUUGGAUUUUUCUCUCAAUCUUCUGUUACUAUUUAUUUCUUCUUAACUGAUCGGCAUUCAAUAUUGAUCAAAUAAAAGUCGAAAAGGUACCUUGUUUGUAUUGAGCGUUACUUGAUUUAGUCGAGAAACUCUCGGUUAAAAGUACAUUUUCAUCUGUUAGGCUUAUUAGCUCGCUGGUCAUCGAGUUCUAGAAUAUGUUUUCUAUGAAUCCAUUAAAUCAACCCAGUUAUAAUAGGAUUCAUGCUAAGAAUUUUUUCUUUCCUUUUAAGACACAACGCAAAAUUUACAUAAAAUUUGAUAGUGCACGAAAAUUGGUUGUACAAAUUUGACCUGUUUAAAUUCUUAGAGUCAAAAAAAUAAUUCAGCGUUUUUCAUUUUUGUAUUUUAGGUAAAAGUAUUUUUUAUAAUAAUUAUAAACAUUAAUCUUAAUGACUAUCACGUAUAAUAAAGUAAUGUAUUAUAGCGAAUGUUUGAUAUACUUAUUUUGGAUUACAUCCACUACCAUGUACAUACAUUAAGUUUAUUGAAACAUUUUUGAUUGAUACUGAAAUUCGAUGUAUCCUACUAAUAAGUACUCUCGUAAAAUCACUGUUUCUAUGUAAUAAAUUCGAUAUGUAACUCAUGGACUUUAUUUAUCUACUUAACAUUUCAUCUUAAACUUCCUAAAAAUAAAAUUGAUUCAAAGUAAUCAAUAUACAUUGUCGAAGAAUAUGAAAUAUUUUAAUAUUUCCAUCAUCCAUAACGCUUAAUGGAACGUUUAAUAAAAUAAUAUAAUAGAAAUUAUUUUAAUUUCUCAUCAACGGAUUUUAACAAACCUUUUAAACCUUUUCAUAUCAAUAAAAAACGAGUUUUUUACUUGUGUAUCAAAAAAUUUAAUGACAGUUGAGUUUUAUCGAGUUUUAUCACACUGGAAAAGAUCAUGGGUUCAUUUGGACUUAGAGUAACUUUGAAGGACCGAUUAAUUUUUUAAUAAAUCAUGUUAUUGUUGAAUAUUUUUAUGAGUCUUUCCAAUUUGAUCAAAUUCAAUAGCGCCACCUCACUACUAAAAUAACUGUAAAGAGAAAACAAAAACUUGAAUAAAAUUAUCUGUCAUUUAUUUGUUUUAUUUAAGUGCAAUUCAGUCUGAAAAGU